GGCCUGGGUGAUUCCAAUGUCGACAGAAGACAAGUCUGUUGAUGUAUCCCUUGUUAACGGGCCGGUCAAUUACGAGGAACCGCCAUUCUACAGGCAAGGAGGAGGGGAGAAUGCGUUCCUUGGACGGACUAGACAUGAAGAAAGUGCUUCUCAUGGCAUAUUGAAGUUGCUGAGAUAUGAAGCAAAAGAGAGUAUGGCCACCAAGAUGCUUCAGCAGAUUGCUCAAGAAGCCAUGGAUCGCCAUCAGCUACUCUUCGUCCGAAUUCGCCACUCAGUUGGAGAGGUUCCGGUGGGCGAUGCUUCAGUGCUCGUGCAGGUGAUUGGGAUACAUAGAAAAGAAACAUUCGAGGCAACAGCCGAGAUUAUGGACAGGCUCAAGAAAAAGGUUCCUAUAUGGAAGCAGGAGGUUUGGGAGUCGGGUGCGACAUGGAAAGACGGGAGUGUCGUCGAUCCAUCUGCAUGAGAUAUAAUUGGACGGUCUUUCGAUCAUUCACUGCCGACUAGUCGGCAUAACCUGACAGCUCUUCGUCCUCAUCCUGUACGAGUGGGUCAGUCUAUGUGAAGG